CCCGCGACACCGACGAUGCUUACGUCUUCUCAAGUUGCUGUUAGGCGGGCUUUAUGGCCCGGCCCUCUUGAUCUAUCACACGUUCACACUUCUACUUGGCUUCUCUAUAGACCACUCUCUUCAAUCUGGUCUGAGUCUGAGAUAUUCGAUCUGAUCAUCGAUCUCACAGCCAUGGGAGAAACGGUGACAACGAUAAUGGUGCUGAAGGUUGAUCUUCAGUGCCAUCGCUGCUACAAGAAGGUGAAGAAAAUUCUAUGUAAAUUCCCUCAAAUACGAGACCAGGUAUACGACGAGAAGCAAAAUACGGUGUUAAUCAAAGUGGUGUGUUGCUCCCCGGAAAAGAUUAAGGAAAAGAUACGCUGCAAGGGUGGUGACUCCAUUAAGAGCAUUGAGAUCGUACCGCCGCCACCGCCCCCGAAGCCCAAGCCUGUAGAGAAGCCUCCUCCACCGGAGAAGCCCAAGCCUGUAGAGAAGCCUCCUGAACCGGCUCCAAAGCCUCCUCCUCCAGCCGAAAAGCCCAAGCCUGUAGAGAAGCCUCCUGAGCCGGCUCCAAAGCCACCACCUCCAGCUGAGAAGCCGAAGCCUGUAGAGAAGCCUCCUGCACCGGCUCCAAAGCCUCCUCCUCCAGCGGAGCCACCCUGCAUCCCCGUGGCUUACCCACCACCAUUUUUACCGAUUGAUGUUUGUUGUAGGCAAUGUUACCAUGGUGUUGGUGGGGGCCCGUGCUUUCAUGGUCAUGGUGGGCCACCCCCAUCUUAUGAGGGCUAUGGGAGGCCAGUGUAUGAUAGUUACGGUGGCGGUGGGUAUAGAAGCUGCUAUGAGAGCCGCUGUGAUUACUUUUCUGAAGAUAAUCCAUCCGGAUGCACAGUGAUGUAAAUGGCAUGUGCAUACAGUGCAUGCGUAUGCGUACGUGAUCAUCGAUCAUCAUCAUCACCAUGUUCUAGUCUUCCUCUGUUAUACGUUGUUGAUGUUGAUCAGUCAAACUCGACUGCACAUUUGUUUGUCUCUUUACUUCUUCAUAUUUAGGAUCAAGAAAAAAAAGGAUUAAUAAGUUUGGUGGUCUGAUUAAUGUCGGUAGACAAUUGGUUGUUCACUUGAGUGCUACAUGAGUUGUAACGAUUUUUAAAUAAAAGAAGGUCCAUAUUAAUCA